GCUAGGGCAGCGACAUGUGAGUCUCCUCUGCAAAGCCCGGGGAGGACAGUGAAGGGUAGAGCGGGGGUCGCUGUAUUUAAAUAACCACAAGCAUCAAGUGAAACCCGUUUGGAGGGCCGUGGCACGAUCAUAGGUACUUAUUGUUUAUGCUUUGGUGCCCAGCUGAGUAGAGAGCGUAGACCAGAAUUGCAGAGUAAAAUAGUGUGGGCAGAUGUUGCUUGCUGUUGAUUCUUUAGGUCUGGCGGUAAUGUGUGCGACAGUAGUAGUGUUUAACGUUUAGUAUUAUUUGUUAUUAAUAUUACUGCGGUCGUGUUUUGUUUUUGUUUUUCUUGUUAGUGCACGAAACCGGUACACAGUAACUUAAAUUUACUGAGACGUUGUGUUUUCAACACAUGGUAAGAAAAGGCGCUGUAUUUGUGCUCUGACGUACGCGCACCUUAGUGACAGUCGGAAUGUGUUGAUUUGUCUAUGCUUUUACAUUUUGAAGUUUGGUUUCCUUGGAUUUUGUUUUUGCACAGUUAAUUUUGCAUUAGGAGCAGCAGCGAGGAGCCCAGAGUGUAAUCUGAUUAAAGGUUUAGCGCGAAAUUAAACAUUCUGCGCCGCACACAGGCAGGAUAAGAAGUGACGUGUUUCGCUUCCUGUAAUUUUAAAGGAAGUUGCCUCCGUCUUUUUGUUUACUUCUAAUGAGUGACCCAAGUGUUUACCUAAUUUAAAAUCAAUUUACUGUAUAAUCAGGUCAGAUUGUAAGGUCUGUUAUUGUGGGGUUCCCUAAUAAAAAUUUAACAUACCUAUUGUACCAGGCAGACUUCCGCAAACCUUAGUGCAUGUGUUGACCCGUCAGUUUGAUUGCAAGCGUGUUCAGGUGCAGUUCGUAUUUGAAAGUUGAGUUCUCCUGGCCCUUGUAACUGGAGAUUUCAUUUUACUGUUAAACUAAAUUGAACAGUUGAAGAUGUUUCAGUCUAUUCCUCGGAAGCCAGCAGUAAGUGGUCUGUACUGGUACUGCGUGAACUCGACCCGCCUCGUUGCUCACACUUCUGUCACGGAAGGCAGUGGAGCGGCGAGCUGGCUGGGCAAGCGGGUGGGGUGGGCUCUAUGCUGGCUUCAGAGAGGUCUGGAAGCUGGCAGCGGCGAGAGGAAGAAAGAGAUGGUGUCCAUACUGGCUAGCCAGUGCAGCUACGUGACAGGCCAGAGGCUGCGGCGAGCAUUUCAGAUAGGCGAGCUGUACAGCGAGCUGUACUCCGAGAGGUCCCGUCGGAGCCUGGUGAGCAGCCUGUGGCGGCGCUUCAAGAGCAGGCAUUCACAGUCCUGCAAGCUGCUGGCGGCCGUGGCUGGGGUCUUUAUGUGGGAAGAGGAGAGAAUCCGAGACGAGGAGUUGAAGAGUUGUGCGGAUGACAUGAAGAACAUUGAGAGCCUGACCCGGCUGACUGUGAAUGCAGGAGGGGGGCAGGAGGGGGAGGAUGGGCUGCAGCAGGGGGACCGGCCCUGGGAGAAGGUCAUGGAUAGGAAAAAUUUCUGUGUGUGGAGACGGCCCAUCGUGGACAGCCCCCUGUAUGAGUACCGAGUAUUUGGAACCUACACAGAUGUCACUCCAAGGCAGUUCUUCAAUGUCCAGUUGGACACAGAGUACAGGAAAAAAUGGGAUUCCCUGGUGAUAAAACUGGAAGUGUUUGAGAGGGACGAGGUGUCGGGAUCUGAGAUUAUUCACUGGGUCACUCACUUUCCAUACCCCAUGUACUCCCGUGAUUAUGUGUACGUCAGGAGGUAUAACGUGGAUGUGGAGAACAACUUCAUGGUGUUGGUGUCCAGGGCAGUAGAGCAUCCGGCUGUCCCCGAGUCCCCAGACUUUGUGCGGGUGAGGUCCUACCAGUCCAAGAUGGUUAUCAACCCCCACAAGUCUUUUGAUGAGAAUGGAUUUGACUACUUGUUGACCUACAGUGAUGACCCUCAGACGGUGUUUCCUCGCUACUGUUUGAGCUGGAUGGUGUCUAGCGGAAUGCCAGACUUUUUGGAAAAACUGCACGCUGCAACUGUCAUGGCUAAAAACAUGGAGCUGGAAGUAAGAGACUACAUCUCGAUAAAACCAGUGGAGAACAAGCCCAUGUCUAGCCAGGAGCGCGUGCCUGAGAGCAGUCGCAAUGGGCAGCAGCAGAUGGAAUACGCAUAGCACUGUGGAGCCACAGACGAAUUAUAUUGCAACCAAGACGUUCAAACACCUCUCUUGCUGGAGAACACAGAUGUAUUUUUUUUUUUUUUGCACCAGGGAGAUUCGGCUACAGUUGCUAAGGCAGCAGAGACUUCUAAACAAGGCUAGACGUUGAGCUGACCGCUUACGUUUCACUGCAGUGGGGCAGAACUGAGCUCUGGUUAUCCUUCCAGCUGUGAGAGAAUCCCCUGCGUCAUUUAAACAUGUUCAGGUGUGAGGGAGCGCUUUUCUGAUGACUGGCACUUCGACCGCAGGGCUCUCUCACAUUACCAAUACUCCAAUAAAACAAUUCAAAUAAAUACGUUUUACCCCUUUUAAAACAACAAAAAAAUGUUUUCUAAGUGCUGCCCAGUGAUGAUUUUUUGCCAGUCUUGCCAACUGCUCAUGCUUCAACAAAUUUACAAAACUGCUUGCUUCAGCCUGAACUGUUUGUUUAUUUUUUUUAUAAAAGCAUGGCAACCCUGGUUAGGUUUGGAUUGCUUUUACCUUGUGAUUUCUGGACAGCUGUAACAUUAGUCUGCCUGCCACUAUUAUUACUGGAUCUCUUAAUACUGAUCCAUAUCGCAGUCCUUGCAUCUCCUCGGAUGAGGCACAUUGAUGUGACGGCUAACAAGCUAACCUGCCUAGUGUUGGAAACUGAAUUAGUUGUGAAUAGAACUAGAAAUAUUCAAUGGCUGUGUGCUGUAUUGGAUUUGUAGCCCAGCGCAGCUUUUGGAGUCAGCCAAUUUAAUUCAGGUCCACGACUUCUGGUUUUUGUUUUUUUGCAGUGCGUAUUAACAAAAGCAGAACAUUUUGUUACCGACUUUUUUCUAUGAAAUAAAAAGAAAAGCAAAUAGCAACAAAAAAAGCAUGUUUUUCUGCAAACCGUUCAUCAAUGAAUUGUAAGUGUGUUUAGAUUUAUUAAGUGUUUUUGAAGGCUUUGUAGCUGAAGGAGCGGUGUCAUUUAAACUCCUUGGCUGGAAUGAAAACAUUGCAAGGGUAACAGUUUCACAUGCUUGUCCUAAACCACUUGAAAAUCACUAAGUAUAAUAUUCCUAAGGUAACAAAGCUUUUUGCCUUUAGAUACUAUACAAUGUCUAUUUGGUGUUAUGGCUGUGUAAAAAUAGCCUAUAAAUAUUGUGGGGCAGUGGGGCAGCCAACAGUACAUGCAUGUGUGUUUGAAGAAUGAGGUUUAACAUUUUACCCCAAAAGAAUGGCAGGGUAAUACUUUCGGGUCAAGGGCACAUAUUGCAUAGUAAUUUAAGUAGCAACUUUAGCAAUUACAAGUACAUCUAUUUACAUUGUUUGGUAACUAUUUAAUAACUGGUCUUGCCAUAGUAAGCCAUAGCUGUAAUACUGUUAAGUUGCACUGUAGGGGCACAUACACUUCUAUGAGGUCACUGAAUAAUACCACAUUGUAUGUUUUAGUUUUCCUAUUAAGGGAUAAUUAGAACAUAUCAAUUUACUUUUAAAACCACUGCAUAACAAUUACAUCAAUUACUGUACUGUACUGAGGUACACCCUAAAAUAAUCUAUGGAUGCCACAAUUACACUAAUUACCAAUUCAAUAUUGUGCCAUGACUGAAAGUGUUCCCAAGGGUGUGACCUCCAUCCAGUGUGGGCGAAGUUAAUGUGUUAGUGACUUUGCAUUAUAGCCAUUUGCUAUUUUGCCUGUGCCCUAUUAACUGCCAGUGUAACAGUUUUCUUUCACAUUUUGUUGCAGCUGAUCGGCGUGCUGUGUCUGUUUCAGUGAAAUGUAAAAGCAGUGUUGGAGACUGUAUCAUCACAAUGUGUUGGCUAAUAAAGUCUGGUGGCAUAUGUGUAAAUCAA